CCGCUUUUGAAUGCAGUGAUCAGAUGAAGGAGGGGGCAUCCGCUCGCUUUAGGUGUGAAGAAAAGAAACUGGUCGCUCAGUGGAAAGUGAAUUGCAGUUUGGAAUGACACUGAGCGCUUCAGAGGAGGAAAUGGCUUUCUCUCAGAUUGCAGGACAUCCGAUGAUCACUGAUACAGUAUACAUGGACACACAGUUUUCCCAGGUUGCUUCAUCUGUCCAAGAAUCUCUACUACAGAAAUGAUUCAGCGACUAAACCAUUUUGGACCAUGUGGAGUAUGAUGAGAAUGAAUUGCAUUUUAUAUCUGUCACUUCUUUUGCUCUGUGCUACAGCCAGUAAUAUAUAUGAGAGAUCACUGGUUCCCAGGGCUGUGACCCGCUCGGUGGCCAGAAUGGAUGGCGAUAUCAUCAUUGGCGCCCUGUUUUCUGUCCACCACCAGCCGUCAGCUGAGAAUGUGGCUGAGCGAACAUGUGGUGAGGUCAGAGAGCAGUAUGGCAUUCAACGUGUGGAAGCCAUGUUUCACACUCUGGACAGAAUUAAUGCUGACCCAUUUCUUCUGCCCAACAUUACUUUGGGCUGUGAAAUCAGGGACUCAUGCUGGCACUCAUCAGUGGCAUUGGAGCAGAGCAUUGAAUUUAUAAGAGACUCCCUUAUUUCACUGCGUGAGGAUGGGGAUGGGUCAAAGUCGUGCAACGAUGGAACUCCGUUUAGUCAGCCAGUUGCCACUAAGAAGCCCAUUGCAGGUGUGAUUGGACCUGGAUCAAGUUCAGUGGCCAUUCAAGUUCAAAACCUGCUGCAGCUGUUUAACAUCCCCCAAAUUGCCUACUCAGCCACUAGCAUUGAUCUGAGUGAUAAAACCCUCUUUAAGUACUUCCUCAGGGUUGUGCCAUCUGACACUCUUCAAGCAAGGGCUCUUUUGGACAUUGUUAAACGGUAUAACUGGACAUAUGUGUCAGCAGUUCAUACUGAAGGAAACUAUGGGGAAAGUGGGAUGGAGGCUUUUAAAGAACUGGCAUCUCAGGAGGGUUUGUGUAUUGCCCACUCAGACAAAAUCUACAGCAAUGCUGGUGAGAAACACUUUGACAGGCUACUGAGGAAGCUGAGAGAGCGGCUGCCCAAAGCUCGAGUGGUGGUGUGUUUCUGUGAGGGGAUGACAGUGCGUAGUCUCCUUAUGGCCAUGAGGCGCUUAGGGGUAGCUGGAGAAUUCCUUCUCAUUGGAAGUGAUGGCUGGGCAGAUAGAGAUGAGGUGGUGGAGGGCUAUGAACAGGAAGCUGUGGGUGGCAUCACCAUGAAGCUCCAGUCAGAGGAGGUCACUUCUUUCGAUAAUUACUUCUUGAAGCUGCGCCUCAAUACAAACACCAGAAACCCGUGGUUCGCUGAGUUCUGGCAACACCGCUUCCAAUGUCGCAUCCCAGGGCACCCACAGGAGAACAUGAACUACAGGAAGAACUGCUCAGGUGACCUAGAGCUACGAGAUGGUUAUGAGAGUCUAGAAGAGAACUAUGUACAAGACAGUAAGAUGGGGUUCGUCAUCAAUGCCAUUUAUGCCAUGGCUCAUGGCCUCCAUGACAUGCAUGAGCACCUGUGUCCUGGCUAUGUCGGUCUUUGUGAGGCCAUGGACCCCAUUGAUGGCAGCAAACUGCUGGAUUUUCUGCUAAGGACCUCAUUCACUGGAGUGUCUGGUGAAGACGUGUGGUUUGAUGAAAACGGGGAUUCACCAGGCAGGUAUGACAUAAUGAAUCUGCAGUAUGUGGAGCCUGGCGUGUAUGACUACAUCAAUGUGGGAUCGUGGCAUGAGGGCAUGUUGAGUAUUGAUGAUUAUAUGAUCCAGAUGAACCGGAGUGAGAUGGUCCGCUCGGUCUGCAGUGAGCCCUGCUCUAAAGGCGAGAUCAAGGUUAUUCGGAAGGGGGAGGUAAGCUGCUGCUGGAUCUGCACUGCCUGUAAAGAUAACGAAUAUGUCCAAGAUGAGUUCACCUGCAAGGCGUGUGAGCUGGGCUGGUGGCCUGAUAAAGAGCUGCAAGGCUGUGAGCCACUUCCCCUACAUUAUUUGAAAUGGAGUCAUGCUGAGUCCAUCGUUGCAGUUGUCUUCUCUUGUCUGGGCAUCUUAGUGACCAGUUUCGUCACUUUUGUCUUCAUUCUGUACAGAGACACACCUGUGGUCAAAUCCUCAAGUCGAGAGCUCUGCUAUAUCAUCCUAGCUGGCAUCUUUUUGGGUUAUAUCUGUCCAUUCACACUCAUAGCCAAGCCCACAGUGGCCUCCUGCUAUCUACAACGCCUGUUGGUUGGCCUCUCAGCCUCCAUGUGCUAUUCAGCUCUGGUCACUAAAACCAACCGCAUCGCCCGUAUCCUGGCUGGCAGCAAGAAGAAGAUCUGCACACGCAAACCACGCUUCAUGAGUGCCUGGGCUCAGGUAGCCAUUGCAUUCGCCCUGAUCAGUUUGCAGCUUACACUGGAGGUCACACUGAUCAUUCUGGAGCCCCCAUCACCCAUCAAGUCCUACCCAAGCAUUAGAGAGGUCUAUCUCAUCUGCAACACCAGCAACAUGGGCAUGGUUGCUCCGCUCGGCUACAACGGUCUUCUUAUUCUCAGUUGCACCUACUAUGCUUUUAAAACCCGCAAUGUUCCAGCCAACUUUAACGAGGCCAAGUACAUCGCUUUCACCAUGUAUACCACAUGCAUCAUCUGGCUCGCUUUUGUACCCAUCUACUUUGGCUCCAACUACAAAAUCAUCACAACAUCAUUCUCUGUGAGCCUGAGUGUGACUGUGGCCCUGGGCUGCAUGUUCACCCCAAAGAUGUAUAUCAUCAUUGCUAAGCCGGAAAGAAAUGUGCGCAGCGCCUUUACCACCUCAGAUGUGGUGCGCAUGCAUGUGGGUGACGGCAAAAUCGCCUGCAGAAGCAACAGCCUUCUCAACAUGCUCAAACGCAAAAAGAAUGCCUCCGGAAAUGCAAAUUCUAAUGGCAAGUCUGUGUCAUGGUCUGAACCAGGUUCAAGACAGCCUCCGAAAGGAGAACACAUGUGGCACAGACUGUCUGUUCAUGUGAAGAGGCAGGAGGGCGGCUCCAAUCAGACAGCUGUCAUCAAACCUCUAACUAAUACCUACCAUGACACAGGCCUGGAAUUUUCAGACCUCAGCACCAAGACUCUGUACAAUGUAGCCGAGGAGGAUGAGGGUGAGCCAGUCCGAUAUAAUCCUCCUGCCAGCCCACACCUGAUUGCUCACAGGUAUUCCCCUGAGAGUGAGCCUGUGAAGGAAAUGAGCACAAAACAGGAAUUUUAUACUCCGGAGCAACACUUGACACAGAAAUGCAUUCUUCCCCAGCAGGCUUUUGCAGAAAACUUCCAGGAUGUGUCCCCUAAUUUGAAUUGCAGCAUAACCGAUCUGGAUGACAUUAUAAAUUUACCAGAACCAGAAAGUGGUGUAAUGCCACCAUAUCGACCUCUCAUUCUACAAACACAGCAGGUUUUGCCAAUGCAGCUGAACCUUUACUCAAAAAAACCAGACCCUCUUUUGGAAGAGGAGGAGGAAAUGGAGAACGAACAAUUUGGUCUCCUUCAUGGCUACAUGUACAACAAUGCACAAAUCCAUGAUGAUGAGGAACUGGUGCAGAUUAAACUAGCAAUGGAGGACUCUUUGGCUCUGAUGCCACCCUCUCCUUUCCGGGACUCGGUUGGUUCAGGCAACCACAUUCCCAACUCCCCGGUGUCUGAGUCUAUCCUCUGCACCCCUCCAAAUGUGACAUAUGCAUCUGUCAUUUUCAAGGACUACAAACAAAGUUCCUCUACUCUGUGAAUGGAAGACUUGAAACAUUAAUACUUGUAAAUGAUCUGUUUUCUCAGCAUUUGAAAAAUCAACACAAGCUGCCAAUAAAUACAUUAUCUCUUCAUUAGGAUAACAUUACUUGCUUAAGUCUGAUUUAAAACAAUUAUUAAAGGCACUCACAUGAAUAUAAAUAUGUGUAGCAGUAAAUAAUGAUCUAAGAAUUCCUCAUGAAUUGCAAAAUGCUUGAAAGUAGAACAUGAGAAUAAAAUAACAAAACACUUCAUGAAGUUGAGAUGAAACUUUACUGUAUCAUAUUCUUAAGACUGAUUUACACUUUCUUGAAUAUUUUAAAGGAAACAUACAUGGUAAUCUAGGAAUAAAUAGAGGUAUAAAUAUUUGAUAUAUUUAAGCUUCCUGUUAAAAUGUAGCAGAAAUUGAUCAUGUUUAACUGCCAGUGUCGAAGUCAAUGUGAAGUUGUCAUUUGUCCGGGUAUUUUUAUAGUUGUAUUUUUAUUGUACACUUUUAUGUGGGAGCUGUGUGUUUAUAAUAACUGUACAUAUUAAGUUAGAUGCUAUUUAUUAAAUUCUUUUUCACAAAUAAUUGUAGAACAAAUCUAUAUGUGGUACUCUAGAUCAAAAUCUUGACUUAAAUGGUCACAACCUCACUAUAGAAAAAAAUGCUGUAUUUUAAAGCCUGACUUCUGGUUUUUUUAAGUUUAUUUCUUUCUGAAUAGUGAGGCAAUUUCUUAUGUGCAAUUCUUUGUAGCCCUUUUUUUAAUACAUUAUGUGCUUUACAUACAGUCACUAUAUUAUACAGUACAUAAAAUAAGCACUCCUGCUAAGCAGAACCACCGACGGCAUUUUCUUCAGAAUGUAGCUUUAAUUAGAUCUAUAUAGAUGUUCAGCAUUAGCUGCAUGUCUGGUGUUUCAUAGAGUAUAGAUUAUAUAUAUGUUUUGACCAUUUAAGUCAAUGAUUAACAUUGUUUUCAAAUGUUACAUAAACUAAUAAUACUGUCUUAUAUUUGGGUAAAUGUCCAAUAAGUAUUUAUGAAUAUUACUGUACAAUAGAAAGCAUUGCAACAUUGAUCACACUCAGCCUGGCAUAUUUACAGUGUAAACAGUUAGAGUUCAUACCUACAGCCACUGAAAUUGAGGUUUGCAAUCAUGCUAACUCCUACCAGUGUAAAAAAAAAAAAAGACAAUCUAACAGUCAAGUCAAGACCCAUACAAAUCAUUCACUUCUCCCUGCAUAGGUAUGGUCACACAGUGCUAAUGGUAUCAUAAUAUAGCACACUGAUCUAGGAAGUGCUGGUGUUUUAUGCCAGUAAUUAGCAAACUCAGUAGUACAAUAGUGCAAAAUCUGACCUUUUCAUGUCUCUGUGGUUGUACUACACUCAUGGGAAUGUCGAGGCUACAACCAGAAGUGACAAGGGAAAUUAUAUUUAAUAAUAAUUUUUUUGUAAAGUGUACAAAUAACAAAUAAGCAGCAAAGCAAAACAAUCAGAUUUUAAGACCUGCAAAUCUCUUAUGUUUCUCUAGCACUGAAAAGCAACAAAACAUUUUAUUUAUAUUUCCUGUUGCUUGCUUCUAUUGCUAACUGAUUGUAACUGAUUUUGGAAGCAUACUUCAUUUACCAUCAUUCUUUCUGGCCUGAACAGUUAUGCUGUAAAUUUCGACUUUAUUGAUGAAGAUCAGUAUGUAAAGACAGUUCUUGUUUGAAAAUUUAU